AUGGCUGUCUGGAGUUGCGAUGAGGAGAGACCAGUCUGCUCCAACUGCGCCAAACGCCAUGCCGAAUGCGAAUACGGCUCAUCUAGCUCGCUCCUGUGGGCCAACGACGAGCGGCCGAGAGGCCCAUCCGAUCAAGACCGGGAUCGAGACCGUGAUCGAGAUCGUGACCGUGAUCGUGACUUGAUGCUAGGUACUUUCAGCAACAGCGGUAUGGGCUCAGUCUCCGUAUCAACAGGAAGCCCCGCCACAACCGCCGACACACUGGGUCUACUAAACCGCAUAUCCGACCCAACAUCAACAGCCCCAGUACUCAACCUGCCCGACCUCGAACUAAUGAUGCAAUGGUGUAACACGACCUUUCAAACGCUCUCUCGCAGCGAGCGAACAGACCCAGUCUGGCGCACCAAUCGCUACACCUGGCGCGAACAUCCAAAGACCCCCCCCUCACGCUCAGCAUACCUAACCCGCGCCGUCGCGCACCAAAACCAAGCCCUCGCCCUCUUCCGCGAGAUCCUGGGCGACAUCAACGAAAGCAACGCAAAAGCAAUGUUCGCCUUCGCAAGCAUGGUCGUCGUCUACACAUUCGGCUUUCCCGCACCUCCAGACGUCCAAGACCCCUGGACCUCAAUCGACGAUCUGUACCAAGUUCUCGUCCUGACGCGCGGUAUUCAACAAGUCAUCCGCUCUCCAGCCGAAUAUCUAAGCACGAGCACCUUCGCCCCAAUCCUGCAAGUAGAGCCCGUAUCCGCCCCGCUGCCCGCCGACGCAGCAGCAACAAUCAACCAGCUCCACGAAGCGAACGAAGUCUGCGGCUCAAGAAACGAGUCACAUGAAACGGAAAUCUACACCGCGACCAUCGACAACGUUGCCGAAAUGUUGGGCUGGGUGUAUGGCGGUAUGACUGCCAGUGUUAUCGCGGGCCGCUGGGCGAUUCGACUACCGGCGCGGUUUAUGGAAUUGCUUCGCGAGCGCGAGCCGAUGGCGUUGGUCAUGUUGGCGCAUUAUGGCGUGCUUUUGCAGGCGAUGAGGCAUCGGUGGUGCUUUGGAGAGUGGUGUCUUCGUGUUGCGAAGGCUGUUUGGGCUAUUCUUGAUGAGGAGUGGAGGCCUUUGAUUGAUUGGGCGAUGCGGGCUAUACUUGGUGCGAAUUAUAUUGAGCAGAUGGUUGUCUGA